AUGGUGGUGGAGCAGAAGAAACCAGUGCUGCGGGAAGUACAUGUGACCGUCAGCAAACCAUAUGGCCGAUCGAUUGGAGGGCCCUCGCCAUAUGGAGGGCCGAUCGCUGCGACACGCAGGAGAGCAGCCAAGACCGGCCUAAAGCUAGUCGUUUUGCGACUAAGCACUCGCUCCAAGAAUGCUCAAAGCCAAAACCAGCGCUGUCGAGAAAUCCGGGCGCGUCAGUUGCAGCAAUCCACGCAAAAGGAGGUCGAGCGCUCACCGGGGGUUUUUGAUGCUGGAGAACCAAUGGAUAUCGACUCUUCGCCGCCACCCACAAACGAGCCACUUCCUCAGCAGUCGCCGCCGAGACACCCACGCAUGGAAGAGGUCCCAGACGACACAUCCAACGACCCUAUAUCCAGCUAUGACCCUCGAUAUCUUCACCGCCAACCAUAUCCAGUCGAGCGGAAAGCCGGAUGGGGGCAAUGGAAGGAGAAAACUCCGUUUGAAGAGUGGUUUGAACAAAAGGAGCUGGCAGGCGAGGACGCAUGCUCGCCAUUCCCAGCACUCGACGAUUGGGAUCUGGGCCGCUGGCUCGUACGGUCCGGCCUGUCCCAAGGCAGCAUUGAUGAGUUUCUCCACCUGAAAACGGUGAGGGAAAAACUGGAUCCUCCCUUCGCCACCAGCCGCGCCUUCUUCAAGCACAUCGACGCGCUUCCGACAGGCCCCGCUUGGAUGUGCACGCCAAUGACGGUUGCCGGUGAUGAGAUAGAUGCGGAUGGGAAGGGGAAGGUGGAGGUCAUCGAGCUGUGGCAUCGAAACCCGCUCGAGUGUAUCGCAGAACUACUCGGAAACCCGGUGUUCAAAGAAGACCAAGUGUUCAAGCCGAUGCGUCUGUUUCGUCAGAAAGACAGUGUAACGGGGGAGCUUCGUAACCGCGAAUACGAUGAAAUGUGGACGGGGACCUGGUGGUGGGACACGCAGGACCUCCUCGACGAUGGCGCCACAAUCAUCCCCGUCAUUCUCUCCUCCGAUAAGACCCAGCUGUCGUCUUUCGCAGGCGACAAACAGGCCUGGCCAGUAUAUAUUUCGAUUGGGAAUAUCAGUAAAUCUGUUCGUCGUCAGCCUAAUUCACGAGCGACAGUCCUUUUGGGCUACAUACCUGUCCCGAAAUUGGACUGUUACUCAAAGUCAGCGCGUAAAAAGUCGGCGCGUAUCAAGUCUUUCACGAUUGCAUGUCGAAGAUGCUUGAAACUAUGGUCGCCGCUGGGAAGGAGGGUGUCGAUAUCGCCUGCGCUGAUGGAUGGGUUCGAUGGUGCUUCCCAUUGCUAG